CAAUCACCGGCCGGGUCAGUCAAUCCAGAGCGUUCUUACUUGUUAUGUUGUUGUUAAACCGAUAGACAUUACGUUUUUUUCUCAUUCAAACUCAAAAAAGACCUCAUCGAAGGUGUAAUUUUUUUUCGUAAGAAGCCGGUAUUCCAAGAUACAAAAUUAAAUCGGCAAAAAUGGCAGAUCACUUAUAAGAGAGAGUUUUCACGCGAAGGAGAAAAAUUAAAAAGAAAAAGAAAAAAUCCUUAAAACGGUUGAGCAGAUCAACAUCCAAUAUCACAGUUACAUAGAUGACUUUAUUAAAUUAUAUUUUUAAUUACAUGUGUAAAAGUAUAUCGAGGUGAUAUUUAAAGUGCUGUGAAAAAAGUCUAUCUGCCGCAAGAGAAAGCAAGAAAAAUUGACGAAAGUGUGCAAAGAAAAGCCCAUUUGAGGAAAAUCAUCUAACUACAUAUAGUACACACUGGAGAGAGAAGUUUCUGCUGAGCGAUUUUCCCAAAGAAGAAAAAAAAAGAAGGCCUUUUUGAACGGAGAAGACUUUUUUUGGUGAAUUAAAAAAGAAGAGAAGAGAAAAAGAAAAAUCAAGACAAAUCUAAGAAGGAGAAUUUUGGUGGAAGAAGGAAACUCAGGCAACGAGAAAUCUGUGGAAGUCAAUUGCUGUGCUAAAGACGAUAACAAAGGGAGCAAGGAGGCAGAGAAGAGAGUAAAGGAUCAAAAAAAAGGAAGAUUUUUCAAUAUUGUUGAAGAGACCAAUGAAAAUGGAGGUGUUGUCAGUACAAAGUAUGUUUCAACGGGAGUUCGGCCCAACUAAAUUGGAUGUCAAAGACUGGACCAUACCAUUGCAACCACCCACUGCAAGCCAUCAACAGUCACAGGAACAGCAUGAGGAUGCCCUACAGGCACUUUCAUUGCGCCUACAGAAUGAACUAAAAUCGGCCAAAAGCCAGCAUCUGGCCUGCACUGAAGUCCUCCUACCAGCUGACCUUUUGCGACGUGUAGCAUCUGAGAUGCUUAGCAUGUCUGAGAAGGAACCAUGCGGUAUCCGUGGCUGUACAAUUUACAUUGAAUUCGAGGAGGAGCCUAGCAAUUCAAGGCGGAUUGCAACCCUAAAGGCCGAUCCUAGCACAGUAUCAACUUUUGAGCUUUACUUAACACUCAAGCACGAUAGGAGUGGUUGGACAUCAAUAUUGCCACAAUUUUUAAAGAAUUUGGCUCGUGGUAGUACAAUAAUGAUAAGUCCGGAUUUCAAUUUAACAAAGAACAAAUUGUAUCGUUCCUUCAGUGAGUAAGAACACAUCAUUUGUCGUUAAUUAUUCACUUAUCAUCAUAACAAAUUUUUGGGGAUAAGUUUUUCAAAUGGAGAAAACGCCAUCAUUGUGAAUUUUAUCGUGCUGUUUAAGAGGUGCAUUGAUAGUAGCACCAAAUGGAUCCCUCCAAAAAUAAACGUAUCUUUUUUGGAGUUGAUUUUGGAUCCAAGAAAGGAUUUUUUGUCAAGUGGAAGGAAACAUACACACACAUUAAUGAGAGAUGGGAGAAUUUACAUAACAUAAAUGAGAAAAAAAAACAAAUUUUUUGUGAGAAUUUUGCAUGCAUAUGGAACCUAUCGUAAUAAUAUAUUAAGAUAUAUAUAUUAAAAAAAAAGAAAUACAUUAAAAAUAUACAAGAAAUAUGAUCUUAUUUUGUGCAAGAGAACGAUAGGAGAUAUUCAUAUAUUCGUAGAACACGAUAUUAUUUAUAUUAUCCAGAAAAAAAGAAGAAGAUAAAAUGGUUUGAGAACAAACCUCAAUGUAAUACCCUCUAAAAUUUGUAAGUUCUUUUGAUAAUUCAUUUUUUUAAUAUAUAAUUGCUUUCUUAAAGAGGCGUCCAAGUCGCAUUUUUUUUUGUAAAAUGAUAAAAUACUUCUGAGAGGUAUUCGUUUUUUUUUAAGAUUGGGAUUAUGUUGAAAACAAUUUUUUUUUUGGUCAAAGAACAUUUUUUUCCAUGCAAAGAAUGGAUUUUUGUCAAACUAUUACAGAGCAAAACAAAAACAUUUCCAAUCUAACCGAUUUUUGGUAUGUAGCUUAACAAAAAUCCACCCUUAGCUUCCUGAAAAAAAAAAACAAAGGGGUCAUACGACCUCUGUGAUGAUUGUGCAGCAUUGAGUUCAUCAUGUAAAGUGAAAUAGAUGAUCCACCUCCAUUCUUAAAACUAUUUUAAUGAUCCCAUUGCUUACAAUUAAUAAUGGAACAUCACUCCUGAACACCUCUUUUUUUUCUCAAACACCCUCAUUGUUCUGUGCACACAAUCAUCGUGGUAUUUUCUAAUUGUAGCGCGGUGAAAAAAAAAUUGUUUUCAAUGACGUGAAAGGAGAACAUAACUAUUGCAACUCACAAUAUAGAAACAUAUAGGUGUAUUUAAAAAAAAACUUGAUGUAAUAACAUUUUGUAGAUGCGUUAUUACGUACACAGAAUAUGCUCGAAAAAAAAUAUUGCUGAGAAUCUAAUAGAUAUGAAAAGAAUUAAACAUUGUGAUCGGGGUACGAGAGAGACUUUACAUCUCAGUUUAUUGAUACAUUUUGUGUUGUAAAUGCGAUUUAAUUUUUCUUUCCACUCCCUUAAAAAACCGCCCCUGUGUGACUUUAAUACGUAAGGUUUUUUUUAAAUUAAGAUUGCACUGCUGACGUGAGCAUUUCGCUGUACUAUUCGAUAUUAUAAAAUAAGAAAAAUUCAAAAUGGCGUCCAAACUGCAAAAGAAACUUAGCUAUUUACCCGCUAUGACGCUGACUAUCUGCCAAAAACGUGGCAAAAAGACAUUUUAAAACAAAAUAUUUAGCAAAAUGGACUGUAAUCCAUUUUAGUUGGAUAUUUUGUAAAAAAAAAAACUAUCAAAAAAGGCACAAAAGUAAAUAGUAAAGAUUUUCAAAGAUCUCCCAAACUCGAAUGAUUUGAUCGCCAUUUUGAAAAACAAAAAAUAUCGAAAUAUUUGACAAGACGUUCAAAACACGUUGCAAAUUCAAAUUUUCAAAUAUUUGUCAAAUAUGUCACAUCAAUGUCAAAUACUCUGUCAGCAGCUGCACCCUAUCCCCUCCCCACCAAAAAGCACUUUAGAGAGCAAAAACAAAUAUUUGGCUAGAGUUCAAAAACAUGCAAAAAAAUUCUUUUAGAGGCUAUUCAAUGAAGAAGAAAAAAACCUUUUUGCAAUAUCAGAAGAAAUUCUUCAUUUUUUUUUUUUCAUAAAAAAAAUAAACUCUAGAAAUCUCCUCCAAUGACGUGUUAUUUUGAAAGAGUUUGCUGGAUAAGAUGAAAAAAAAAGAGAAAAAAAAUCUAAUGAAUUAGAAAUUAAAUGUGAUCCAAUUAAAGUUCAAAUAUUUCUAACUGUUGAUGAAGUGAAAAAAAAUGUGCGCGAUUUUGGAAAACAAAAAUCAUUUUAAAAAUCAAAUCGAUUUUAAUUUUUAAGUGCCCCACAAGAGGGCUUCCUAUGUGCAUUUUCAUCCGUGGGAUAUAUACAGAGAAUAUAUCCUACAACGUGAAGUCCUAUCUGGUCAUCAAAAUCAUCCCCUUUUCCCCCCAAGAAAAAAUCACUUUUUUUAUCAUAAACCCCGCCCCUUCAGUGAUCAUAACCUCACUUCUGAAGUAAUGCUAAUCAUUAAUUUUUUUUUGUAAUAAGUUCUGCCUCAAAUUUGAGGCAGGUGAAUGUGGAAGAAAUGAGAAUAAAAUUUGUUAUUUAUUUAAUUCCUGAUCACAAUACGAGUUAUCCCACCAUGUGAUUAAUAAAAAAAGAAGUAGAUGUGUAAGUGAUUUUAUAUGAUAAAAAACAUGAUAUAAAACUUAGUAUUAAACAAAAACAAAAAACAAAAAGUGGAAUUAACAAGAAGAAGUAAAAGAUGAAGAGUUAGACAGGAUAUUAAGUGUAUGAAUGUGUGUAAUAUUCUCAAAAUGAAUUACUAUUACUACUACAAAAAGAAAGAUGGAGUUUGACGUUUGUGUUUGUAGAGUCCUUAGAUUUUUUACAAUUGAACGGUUUCCCAUGGCGUCCAAAAUGGCCAUCAUGAGGGAAUUUUUUUUGCAAGAAAAAAAUGUCGGAGAGGAAUUUACAGAGAAGAAAUUUGCAGAAAAGUUUCUUUUUUUGAAAACAAAAAGAAAAAAAAAACAAACAACAAAAAUGAAUACACUUUUUUCAAGUACAACAUCUGCCUCUUUGGCAUUGCCAUUGUGCUAUGCCAAAAGCAGAAAAGUCAAUUUUAAUACAAGCCGCACUUGUAUUAACUUUGAUAUUGAUGAUUUUAUUGAUAAUGUAUUUGAUAUACAUAUAUUUUUAAGAUGAUACAAGUAUGUAUUAAUAGAAUGUAGGAAGCAAAUCGUGAUCAAAAUCAGUUGUUGAUUUCCUUAUCAUCCAUUUGCCUUUUUAACUUUCACAGACAAUUUUUUUUAUUCAAUUUCCAAAUUCUUCUGACUCAGAAAAUUGCAUUAUCGAUCAAAAAUUGAGAUUUAUACCGAUAAAAUAUCUCUAAUUCAAAGUUCUUUUUUCUUAAAGAAAGAGAUAUUUAUUCAAAAUGGAACCUAUUUGCAAAAUAUCCCAAGCUUCUGUCUUUCAGAAAAAUAUCCCAAGUCACAAAGGCUUGGGAUAUCUUAUUCAAGACAUCAAUGCAGCUCAGAAUACAAAAAAAAAUCAAAUGAUUUUUUUUAUCAUACAAAAGGAAAUCAAAACUGAAAUUUUCUUGAUAAAAAUAAAAAUGAAAAAAAUAAUACAUCAGUAUUUCUUUAAUUUCUAUCGCGAAUGCCAUUUUGCUUAAAAGAAAAAUAAAUCAGCUAUUCAAGUUUCAUCUGCAAAAACUUCUUCUCGAUCUCGUGAAGAUUUUCUUUUAUAUUUUUUACUUUUAUAAAAAUUAAAUUUAUUUAAAAAAAAUGCACUGCAAUAACCAGAAAAAGGCCCAAAACCAAAUUUCUCCCUAACACAGAUUUUUUUUAUUAUUCAUUGUAAUUUUUCUAGAAUAUAUAGAAAUAAAAGAAAAAAAAUGUAUUUAAUGACAAAACAAAUAUAAUUGUGAGAAUAUAAAAAAAAGAAAAAAAGAAAAAUAAAAAAGUGAUAGUAUAUCUCGUGAUAAAUAUUUAAGGGAUAUUGAUUCAAAGGAUAACAAUGGACGUGAAAAUAUCAAGAAGGAAAGGUUUUCAGAGAGAGAAGAGUGUUGGAAAAUCACGCGAAAGAGCCACCGAUAGGAAUUUCCAUUAAAAAAAAGAAGAAGAAAAAACUAUUUGCCAGACCAGAAUUGUGGUAAAGAAAGAAUUUUUGAAAAGAAAAAUAAACCAUUCAUAGACACAUUAUUAAAUGGAUGAAAAAAAAUAUUGGAAAAUGAAUAUGAAAUCACUCAAUAAUUACCCCCUUAUUGCAUGUAUCACAUAAAUAAAUGGAUGUCAAAAAAUACAUAGAAAUAUUUAUUAAAAAAAAAAGUAGUCAAAGAAAACAAGCCGUAAGGAAACUUUCCUUCUCAGCAUUGAAAUUGUUCUUUCAACACACACAAUUAAAAAAAAAAUACAUAAAACAAAACAGUUUAUUUGCAAAAAGAAAAAUUUGAAUCAGUAUACCGAAUCUUUCUUUUCAAUUUUUUUUUAUAAAAAGAAAAUAAAUUUUAAUCAUAAGAAAAAGAUGAGAAAAAUAUAUAUUACGUGUUUGAUCAAGUCUAACAUAUUGUGAUUUUUAAUAUUAUGUAUACAUUACAAUUUCAAAAUAUUUUACAAAAAAAAAUUAUGAAAGAAAAUAUUAUGAUUUUGAAUGUGGAAAAAGGAGAAGUAGAAAAGGGAGUAAGAAACCCAAUUCUAUUUUAUCCUCCCUUCCAAAAAAAAAUGAUUCACUUUGUCUUACGUAAAACCCUUUUAUUGCAUUAUAUUGUCCUUUUUAAAACUUUUCAAAAAUAUAAAGAUUUUUUUUCAUUGUAAAAUUCCUCAAUUAAUUUGAAAAAAAAGAAAACAAGAAAAAGCAAGAGAAUUAAAGAAAAAAUAAACAUACAAGUUUCUAUGAAUCGAACGAAUUAUUUAUAAUUAUAGAUUUUUUUAUAUAUGUACUAAGAUGAGAUAAAUUGACAAAAAAAAACACAAAAUGCUGACAAAAAGAAAAAAAUAAUAAAACAAAAAAAAUCAAUAAAGAGAUUUUUUAUAAUAAAUAAAGUGACUCAAAAGUGAAAA